ACCGGCUGAAUCCGGGAGAAAACCCAGCCCAGUCCCCCCCCCCUCCCCCUGCACCAGCCCCCCGAUAACAGACACGAUGAAUCUGCGUUCUGUAUUUACUGUAGAGCAACAAAGGAUAUUGCAGCGCUAUUAUGAAAAUGGAAUGACAAAUCAAAGUAAAAAUUGCUUUCAGCUCAUAUUACAGUGUGCACAAGAAACUAAACUGGACUUCAGUGUAGUCAGGACCUGGGUUGGCAACAAGCGAAGGAAGAUGAGCAGCAAGAGUGCUGUGGAUUCUGGGGGCACUCCCCCAGGGACUCUUACUUCUACCCCCUCAGGACCUCCAGAAGCAGGAGUUAGAAACAUGGUGAAUAUUGCUCGCUCCCAGAGCCAGCAGGCUUCUUGGACCUCUGCUAACAACGAUGUGAUAGUCACUGGGAUAUACAGCCCGGCCACUUCAGCCAGCAGACAGGGCUCUGCCAAGCAGACAAAUGCUUCUAUGGCAGAAAUGCACAAAACCUCAAUUCCACGGCUGGCAGGGAAAAGUGAUGCAGAGUUUCAGCAGCAGCACAUCCCUCUGGGGCGACAGGUGCCACACUGUAAGAAUGCUUCCCUCUUAGUGGGGGAAAAGACAAUUAUUUUAUCGCGGCAAACGAGCGUCCUCAAUUCUGCCAACUCCAUCUACAGUCACACAAAGAAAAGCUACGGUGGCUCCUCGGUCCAGACAGCAGAGCUGGUGUUACCUCAGAAACCCAUGCUGUGCCACAGACCCUGCAAAGCUGAACCCCUGGGGUGCCAGAGGUUACAGAAACCAGAGCAUCUGGUGUCACACACAGCCCCCGGACAAAGGGCCAACGCCAGGGACCCUCCUUGUAGCACACAGAACCUGGAGAUCCGGGAGGUGUUUUCCCUGGCAGUGACAGAUCAGGCUCAGAGGCUGGGGGGGGGCAGCACAGCCCAGAGGCAAUGCCAGGGGGAGGGCAGCUGCUUGUCCAUCGCGAUGGAGACAGGAGACGUGGAUGAUGAAUAUGCCAGGGAAGAGGAGCUGGCAUCCAUGGGAGCACAAAUGCAAAGCUAUUCCAGAUACUGUGAAAGCAGCAGUUCUGUUCGUGUGGAGAACCAAAGCACAGCCUUGUCUGGACCAGGAAGAAACCUGAGCUGUAGCUCACAGAUGGUGAACGCCAGGGACGUGCCUGACAACAUUCUGUACCAUAACAGAGAUUACCACUUGCCUGCACGGACCUCAUUGCACACAACAUCCAGCACCUUGUAUAACAGUGCUAACCCAUCAAGGAGUACCUUUUCUCCUCAUUUUACGUCUUCAAGUCAACUGAGGCUGUCACAAAACCAAAAUAAUUACCAGAUUUCAGGAAACCUUACUGUGCCUUGGAUUACAGGUUGUUCCAGAAAAAGAGCAUUACAGGACCGCACACAGUUUAGUGACCGAGACUUAGCUACCCUAAAGAAAUACUGGGACAAUGGCAUGACCAGCCUGGGCUCAGUCUGCAGAGAGAAAAUUGAAGCUGUGGCUGCAGAAUUAAAUGUUGACUGUGAAAUAGUGCGGACUUGGAUUGGGAAUCGAAGACGGAAAUAUCGUUUAAUGGGGAUUGAGGUCCCACCCCCUAGAGGAGGUCCUGCUGAUUUCUCUGAUCAAUCUGAAUUUGUUUCUAAAUCAGCACUUAAUCCAGGAGAGGAAACUGCUACUGAAGUGGGGGAUGAUAAUGAUAGGAAUGAUGAAGUAUCAAUCUGCUUAUCUGAAGGAAGCUCACAAGAAGAGGCAAAUGAAGCUCUUCAAAAUGAAGAAAUUGGUCACAAAGAUGAUGACCAGAACCCAGUAUCUGCUGAUAAUGUGAAAAUAGAAAUUAUAGAUGAUGAAGAAAGUGAUAUGAUAAGUAAUUCUGAAGUGGAUCAGAUGAGUUCUCUUUUGGAUUAUAAGAAUGAAGAAGUCAGGUUCAUUGAGAAUGAGCUGGAGAAUCACAAACAGAAGUAUUUUGAACUGCAGACAUUUACUCGGAGUUUGAUACUUGCUAUUAAGUCAGAUGAUAAAGAACAGCAGCAGGCACUGCUCUCAGACUUACCUCCAGACCUAGAAGAAAUGGAUUUCAAUCACACAUCCCCAGAGCCUGAUGAUACCUCAUUCAGCUUGUCCUCUUUAUCAGAGAAAAAUGCCUCAGACAGUUUGUGAUUUCUUUCUUUUUUGUUUUUUUUUUUAAUUGACAAAAAAGCAACCCCACAGAACUCUUAGGUUUCAAGAGAAAGGCAUUUUGCUCUCCAGUGUCCUUCAGCCCAAAAAAGAAAGCCCAAGGUGACACAGACCUUCCUGAGGAAUGUCUACCAUGGGUCAUGGCUACGCCUUGCAGUGUCAAGAGAUUUCCAAAUGUUGUUUUUCAGAAACAAAAGAACUGUGUGAGGAAAGGGUUUCACUUUCAGCUGCUGGGCCCUGGGUAGGAUAACUUCUGACUUUCCAGAAUCACUCUUGCUCUGUAGCCAAGUCUUUGUGCAGGGAUCUGAGAAUGAAAAAUAAAUGUCCUGUCACGCAGACAGCUUCAGAGUUGCUUGCUCACCAGUCUGGUUUAUUAGGUUUUUUCCCCCAAUUUUACUCAGGUAGGUGGACUAGAAAUUGGGGAUUCAAAUACAGUAAUGGGCUUUUCAUGAAUUGUGCUCGAACCCAUUUGGAAAUCUGAAAUUAAAGUCAUUUUUAUGACAU